AUGUCGGUUUCGGGUCUGAAGGCCGAAUUGAAGUUUUUGGAGUCAAUUUUUGACCCAAACCACGAACGUUUCAGAAUUAUUGAUUGGAAGCCUGAUGAGCUUAGUUGUCAGUUUAAUGUAACCGGUGAAAAACUCCUGAUUAUACAUUGCAACAUCACGGUAAGAAAGAAGCUAACGUUAGCUAGCCAACUAGCCAGUUAGCACAGGACAAGCGAUAAACAUGACGAAUUUGGAAUUUUAAACGCGAACACAUAAUUUGUGUUACAAAUCAGCUAGCUAACUAGAUAAAUAAAAUAUAAAUGUGUUCAGACUUCAGUUUGUUAAUACUUUAUUAUCGGGCCAUAUGUCCAGCUAUAGUUAGCUAUGCUAGUUAGAAACAAGAAACAAGCUCAUAUAUGUGUAAGUUAAACGUUAGUUGGUUGUUAUAGGCUAGCUAGCUAAUGCGUCUAAAAAAAAAACUCCAGAAAAUACAUUUGACCCCCAGCCAACCUAUAAAAGGUAGCUAGCUAGCGGUUAAUUGUAGCUUAUUUUGCUUAUACAAUAACACAAGGUAACGUGACCUGUGAACACAAUUGCUGUCUAACGCAGAAUAGUCCUGUGUGAAAAUGGUUGUUGGUAUUAGCUAGGUAGCUAAUUGAUGUCGUAACAACUCGGAUGAGCUGGCCAUAAGCUACCCGCCAACAAAUAAAACAUCACGACAUAAUAUUACAAGUCGGCACGUGACGUCGUGAUUAGAUGGUUAGUACGUGGUGUAUAGCUGUGGAUGUUUCUUAAUGUGAUCUAUCAUUCCUUUAUUCUGAAGUAGUUCCAACUACUAAGCUAGCUACCUGGCUAAUCAAAUCAAAUAGUAUUGGCCGUGUGUACUUAUUUUGCAGAUGUUAUCGCAGGUGCAGCGAAAAUGUUUGUUUCUUUUAUUUAUUUAUUUCACCUUUAUUUAACCAGGUAAGCCAGUUGAGAACAAGUUCUCAUUUACAACUGCGACCUGGCCAAGAUAAAGCAAAGCAGUGCGAUAAAAACAACAACACAGAGUUACAUAUGGGGUAAAAAAACAUAAAGUCAAAAUAAAUAAAUAAUUGUUUCUACCAAACAAUACAAACAAAUCCAAAGAAUAAAAAUAAAUAAAUGUAAGAAAUAUCAGUUAACUAGUUAUUUCUGUUUUGUAGAUUUAGCUACACUGAACAAAAAAUAUAGAUGCAACAUGUAAAGUGUUGGUCCCAUGUUUCAUGAGCUGAAAUAAAAAAUCCCAGACACACAAAAAGGCUGUUUCACUCAAAUGUUACGCACAAAUUUGUUUACAUCCCUUUUAGUGAGCAUUUAUCCUUUGCCAAGAUAAUACAGCCAACUAACAAGUGUUGCAUAUCAAGAAGCUGAUUAAACAGCAUGAUCAUUACACAGGUGCACCUUGUGCUGGGGACAAUAAAUGGCCACUCUAAAAUGUGCAGUUUUGUCACACCACCCAAUGCCACCGAUGUCUCAAGUUUUGAGGGAGCGUGCAAUUUGCAUGCUGACUGCAGGAAUGUUCACCAGAGCUGUUGCCAGAUAAUUUAAUGUUAAUUUCUCUACCGUAAGCCGCCUCCAACAUCAUUUUAGAGAUUUUGACAGUAUGUCUAACUGGCCUCACAAACACAGACCACAUGUAACCAUGCUAGCCCAGGACAUCCACAUCCGGCUUCUUCACCUGCGGGAUCUUCUGAGACCAGCCACCCGGACAGCUGAUGAAACUGUGGGUUUGCACAACCAAUUAAUUUCUGCACAAACUGUCUCAGGGAAGCUCAUCUGCGUGCUCAUCGUCCUCACCAGGGUCUUGACCUGACUGCAGUUCGGUGUCGUAACCGACUAAAGUGGGCAAAUGCCCACCUUCGAUGGCCAAUGGCACGCUGGAGAAGUGUGCUAUUCGCAGAUAGCAGACAGCGUCGUGUAUGGCAUUGUGUGGGUGAGCGGUUAGCUGAUGUCAACGUUGUGAACAGUGCCCCGCGGUGUGGUUAUGGUAUGGGCAGGUACAAGCUACGGACAACGAACACAAUUGCAUUUUAUUGAUGGCAAUUUGAAUGCACAUAGCUACCGUGACGAGAUCCUGAGGCCCAUUGUUGUGCCAUUCAUCCAUCGCCAUCACCUCAUGAUUCAGCAUGAUAAUGCACGGCCUCAUGUUUCAAGGAUCUGUACACAGUUCCUGGAAGCUGAAAAGGUCACGUUUCUUCCAUGGCCUGCAUACUCACCAGACGUGACCCCAUUGAUCAUGUGUGGGAUGCUCUGGAUAGACGUGUACGACAACGUGUUCCAGUUCCCGCCAACAUCCAUCAACUUCACACAGCCAUUAAAGAGUGGGACAACAUUCAACAGGCCACAAUCAACAGCCUGAUCAACUCUAUGCGAAAGAGUUGUCGUGCUGCAUGAGGCAAAUGGUGGUCAAACCAGAUACUGACUGGUUUUCUGAACCAAGCCUACUUUUGUUUAUAAAGGUAUUUGUAACCAACAGAUUCAUAUCUGUAUUUCCAGUCAUGUGAAAUCCAUAGAUUAGGGCCUAAUUAAUUCAUUUCAAUUGACUGAUUUCCUUAUAUGAACUGUAACUCAAUAAAAUCGUUUAAAUUGUUGCGUUUUAUAUUUUGGUUCAGUGUAGAUAGCUAGCUAGAUCGCGUGUCAGUUCAGCGCUGUUCCGUUAGAGCUUUUCCUAGUAAUGAGUGUACUCCUGAGUGGCGCAGUGGUCUAAGGCACUGCACCGCAGUGCUAACUGUGCCACUAGAGAUCCUGGUUCGAAUCCAGGCUCUGUCGCAGCCGGCCGCGACCGGGAGACUCAUGGGCGGCGCACAAUUGGCCCAGCGUCGUCCAUGGUAGGGGAGGGAAUGGCCGGCAGGGAUGUAGCUCAGUUGAUAGAGCAUGGCGUUUGCAACGCCAGGGUUGUGGGUUCGUUUCCCAUGGGGGGCCAGUAUAAAAAAAUAUGUAUUCACUAACUGUAAGUCGCUCUGGAUAAGAGCGUCUGCUAAAUGACUAAAAUGUAAAUGUAAUGAUGUGAUCAACUGAUCACCACCCCUCUCUCCCCCCCCCCCCUUUCUGUCUCCCAGGAGUCAUACCCCUCUAUACCCCCUAUCUGGUUUGUUGACUCUGACGACCCAAGUCUGACAGAGGUGUUGGAGCGCCUGGAAGAUGUCAGAAAGGGCACCUCUUUGGUAAGUCACUCACCUGUGUGUGUAUAGACUGGACUUUUCUUCCUUAUUUACACCAACACAAUGUGCUGCACAGGAUGUAGUUACCAGCUCUCAUGGAAGGCAAAUGCCCUAAUACCACCUACAAAAUUGGUUGCUAAGAAAGUAUUCACACCCCCUUGACUUUUUCCACAUUUUGUGUUACAGCCUGAAUAUAAAAUGAAUUAAAUUGAGAUUUUGUGCCAGUGAUCUACACACAAUGUCCGACAAUGUCGAAGUGGAAUUUUGUUAGUAGAGAGUUUUACAAAUUAUUAAAUGUAUUAGUAUUCAACCCCUUUGUUAUGGCAAGCCUAAAUACGUUUGGGAGUAAAAAUGUGCUUUAAGUUGCGUGGACUCACUCUGUGUUCAAUAAUAGUGGUUAACCCUUUGGACCCAAAUAGAAUUCUAGAAUGCCGCUGUAGAUGACUGAGAAUUCAAGAUAAAACAAAUUUUCUCACACAUUUCAAACAAACAGACAUAGCUCAAAAACAAAGAACAAAUUAAAAUUACAAGUCAAUUUACUUUUAAAGAGCACAAUCUCUUCUUUAAUAUGACACCACAUUCAUGGCAAUAGGAAUAACACUCAUUUUGUCUUACGUUGUGUAAAGACACUAUCAAAAAGCGAUUAACACUCAACAAAAAAAACCUGCCGUAUUUAAAUUGUAGUAAAUUUGACUAAAUUACUCACUCAGAAUGUACCAAGUAUAAUAUAUUAUUUACAUAUAAAUAAAUACAAUUAUCCAAAAUGUGACCAUAUUCAGGAAGUAUUUCAAAACCCGCACAUAGUAGGCUAUUUGAUUGACGACGAUUCUUACUAAUUUACAAAUUCAGAGACUAUUUCAAAAUGUAGGCAACCUCUCUCAAUAAGAUUUUAGUACCAGGCCUGACACAAAAUGUAGAAAUAGUAGCCUACUUUGACAACAACUCAGUGAAUGCAACAAGUAUUAGAUAGAAACAGAGACAAGAUACAAAACAACUGUUCAGAGACAAUCAAAGAUUUGUAGGACAGAUUCCUAUUUCACACUGUCACUUCAGUAUUUGGAAUUAGCCUACAACAUUGCAUGGAACUUUCUGGAAACAUUGCCCAAUCGUGCAAAGUGGCACGGAACACGUAGAGCACCCAAGGGAGGUUUCUACACAUCUCCCACUUUUUUUUCCCCCUGUGUCCACUCCGGAUGCACACCACACAACCCUCUCUUGCGCCCUUCAAACUUCACCUGCUUUCAAAUGAGUUACAACUCGCUCCACAUGCACUGGUGCCACACUCUUGGCUCCCCUCUUCCUGCCACUGUAGCCAUAUCACAAAGUGAAUGCACAAGCUGCAUUUUGAAUGCCUUCAGGGACCAGCGCCUGCAGUUUCUGGGAAGGGGCCUUUGCAGGGUCCCCCACACAAUGUAUGCAUUUAUGAUGGAAAUGUUGAGCAUCCCCGAAAACACACACAUUUCUAAAUUUUCUGCCUGUGUGUCCAACAUUGUAAUAGCUCCUCAGUUGGUCAAGAUGGUCAAUCCCGCCCAUUUUCUUGUUGUAAUCCAUUACAAGCUCUGGAACAGAUAAGUUCCGACCACUUUUAAAAACAACUCCAAAGCCACUGUCACUUUAGGCCCAGGCUGUGUGGCACAAUGGUGAAUGGUGGGACUUGAGGCAGACACACUCCAUGGAAACGUAGGCCCCCCCCCCAUCUCGUGUGUGCUCACCCGCUUCCCCUCCCUCUGGUUCCUCCCCUCCCUCUGGUUCCUCCCCUCCCUCUGGUUCCUCCCCUCCCUCUGCUUCCUCCCCUCCCUCUGGUUCCUCCCCUCCCUCUGGUUCCUCCCCUCCCUCUGGUUCCUCCCCUCUCUCUGCUUCCUCCCCUCCCUCUGGUUCCUCCCCUCCCUCUGCUUCCUCCCCUCCCUCUGGUUCCUCCCCUCCCUCUGGUUCCUCCCCUCCCUCUGCUUCCUCCCCUCCCUCUGGUUCCUCUCUCUCUCUGGUUCCUCCCCUCCCUCUGCUUCCUCCCCUCCCUCUGGUUCCUCCCCUCCCUCUGGUUCCUCCCCUCUCUCUGGUUCCUCCCCUCCCUCUGCUUCCUCCCCUCCCUCUGCUUCCUCCCUUCCCUCUGCUUCCUCCCCUCCCUCUGCUUCCUCCCCUCUCUCUGCUUCCUCCCCUCCCUCUGCUUCCUCCCUUCCCUCUGCUUCCUCCCCUCCCUCUGCUUCCUCCCCUCCCUCUGCUUCCUCCCCUCUCUCUGGUUCCUCCCCUCCCUCUGCUUCCUCCCCUCUUUCUGGUUCCUCCCCUCUCUCUGGUUCCUCCCCUCCCUCUGCUUCCUCCCCUCCCUCUGGUUCCUCCCCUCCCUCUGCUUCCUCCCCUCCCUCUGCUUCCUCCCCUCCCUCUGCUUCCUCCCCUCCCUUUGGUUCUUCCCCUCUCUCUGCUUCCGCCCUCUCUCUGCUUCCGCCCUCUCUCUGCUUCCGCCCCUCCCUCUGGUUCCUCCCCUCCCUCUGGUUCCUCCCCUCCCUCUGGUUCCUCCCCUCCCUCUGGUUCCUCCCCUCCCUCUGGUCCUCCCCUCCCUCUGCUUCCUCCCCUCCCUCUGGUUCCUCCCCUCCCUCUGGUUCCUCCCCUCUCUCUGGUUCCUCCCCUCCCUCUGCUUCCUCCCCUCCCUCUGCUUCCUCCCCUCCAUGUUCCUCUCCCUCUUUACUCCUCUUCCUCUCUCCCGCCAUUCUCCUCUUCCUCUCUCCCACCAUUCUCCUCUCGCUCCACAUCUCUAUUCCUCUAAUCAUCUCUAACUCCUCUUCCUCCCUGCCCUUUGGUGCCUCUCCACAUCACUUCCCUCACUUUCACUGACCUAGAGGAACUGAGUAACAGGGGAGAGGAGAGGAGCAACAAAUAGGAUACAAUUGUGGUGAGGAACAUAAUCUCUCUUCCUCUGUUUGUAAUGCAUGGAUGAAUCCUUUGAUAUGUCAGACAAUGUUUAGGAGCUGAGCUGCUGUAGUAAGAGUGGUUGAAUUCAGCAUUUUUGCCCGACACAAUGGCUUUAGUGUUUUGGCUGUACAGAUAUAAAUACAUGUUUUGUGAAUUACACCUGAUGGUAUUUUCCUGUAGCUUGGAGAAUGAAGAGGGAGAGGGACACAUUCAAACUGCCGACCCUGGGCCUGGCUCUCACUCAGUUAAACAGAUUGAGUGAGUUUGGCAUUGAAUUAUGGGUAAAAAAAAGCACUAUUAGAUGUUAUCCAAGUGCCUGGGUCAUCUGGCUACUAGGACCAGACUGGACACAGCCUCUGUACUAGGACCAGACUGGACACAGCCUCUACUAGGACCAGACUGGACACAGCCUCUACUAGGACCAGACUGGACACAGCCUCUGUACUAGCAGAUGGACCAGACUGGACACAGCCUCUGUACUAGGACCAGACUGGACACAGCCUCUGUACUAGGACCAGACUGGACACAGCCUCUAAUUGCGAUAUUCGGUACAUGGUUUCUGCGUCUGUGUUGACAGAGAUUUGGACAAACUUUCUGGCGAUGUGGUUAUUUCUCUCUUCCUUCCUCAUUCUUUUUUCUCAACCAAACACAUACUCUCUUCCUAAAAAGGGGUUUCCAUAAUAAAUUGUGAUACAGUCACACGCCUCCCAUUCCCCACACACUCUCACUCUCUCCUCCAAUCAACUCUUGUUUUCUUGACUGACAGACUAACUACAGAGUUCGCCAAUGUUAGCCGAUUAGUUACGAAUCUGGGACAGUCUCCAAAUGAAUUGUGUCGGUAGAAACUGGACAAAACAAGCAACUUGUUAGCUGGCUAUGUAAACACAUAUCCAACUCAUCAUAUGAAAUCCACUGCGCGGGCAUCUACUACCCAAACACGCCAGCCAAGCUGUCAAAUAAUAGGAAAACAAAGCGAGGGGAAAAAACUUAUUUGAUCCCCUGCUGAUUUUGUACGUUUGCCCACUGACAAAGACCUGAUCAGUCUAUAAUUUUAAUGGUAGGUUUAUUUGAACAGUGAGAGACAGAAUAACAACAAAAAAAUCCAGAAAAAUGCAUGUCAAAAAUGUUAUAAAUUGAUUUGCAUUUUAAUGAGGGAAAUAAGUAUUUGACCCCUCUGCAAAACAUGACUUAGUACUUGGUGGCAAAACCCUUGUUGGCAAUCACAGAGGUCAGACGUUUCUUGUAGUUGGCCACCAGGUUUGAACACAUCUCUGGAAGAAUUUUGUCCCACUCCUCUUUGCAGAUCUUCUCCAAGUCAUUAAGGUUUCGAGGCUGACGUUUGGCAACUCGAACCUUCAGCUCCCUCCACAGAUUUUCUAUGGGAUUAAGGUCUGGAGACUGGCUAGGCCACCCCAGGACCUUAAUGUGCUUCUUCUUGAGCCACUCCUUUGUUGCCUUGGCCGUGUGUUUUGGGUCAUUGUCAUGCUGGAAUACCCAUCCACGACCCAUUUUCAAUGCCCUGGCUGAGGGAAGGAGGAUCUCACCCAAGAUUUGACGGUACAUGGCCCCGUCCAUCGUCCCUUUGAUGCGGUGAAGUUGUCCUGUCCCCUUAGCAGAAAAACACCCCCAAAGCAUAAUGUUUCCACCUCCAUGUUUGACGGUGGGGAUGGUGUUCUUGGGGUCAUAGGCAGCAUUUCUCCUCCUCCAAACACGGCGAGUUGAGUUGAUGCCAAAGAGCUCAAUUUUGGUCUCAUCUGACCACAACACUUUCACCCAGUUCUCCUCUGAAUCAUUCAGAUGUUCAUUGGCAAACUUCAGACGGGUCUGUAUAUGUGCUUUCUUGAGCAGGGGGACCUUGCGGGCGCUGCAGGAUUUCAGUCCUUCACGGCGUAGUGUGUUACCAAUUGUUUUCUUGGUGACUGUGGUCCCAGCUGCCUUGAGAUCAUUGACAAGAUCCUCCCGUGUAGUUCUGGGCUGAUUCCUCACCGUUCUCAUGAUCAUUGCAACUCCACGAGGUGAGAUCUUGCAUGGAGCCCCAGGCCAAGGGAGAUUGACAGUUAUUUUGUGUUUCUUCCAUUUGCGAAUAAUUGCACCAACUAUUGUCACCUUCUCACCAAGCUAAUUGGCGAUGGUCUUGUAGCCCAUUCCAGCCUUGUGUAGGUCUACAAUCUUGUCCCUGACAUCCUUGGAGAGCUCUUUAGUCUUGGCCAUGGUGGAGAGUUUGGAAUCUGAUUGAUUGAUUGCUUCUGUGGACAGGUGUCUUUUAUACAGGUAACAAGAUGAGAUUAGGAGCACUCCCUUUAAGAGUGUGCUCCUAAUAUCAGCUCGUUACCUGUAUAAAAGACACCUGGGAGCCAGAAAUCUUUCUGAUUGAGAGGGGGUCAAAUACUUAUUUCCCUCAUUAAAAUGCAAAUCAAUUUAUAACAUUUUUGACAUGCGUUUUUCUGGAUUUUUUUAGUUGAAUUUUUGUCUCUCACUGUUCAAAUAAACCUACCAUUAAAAUUAUAGACUGAUCAUUUCUUUGUCAGUGGGCAAACGUACAAAAUCAGCAGGGGAUCAAAUACUUUUUUCCCUCACUGUAUAUACAGUGGGGAGAACAAGUAUUUGAUACACUGCCGAUUUUGCAGGUUUUCCUACUUACAAAGCAUGUAGAGGUCUGUAAUUUUUAUCAUAGGUACACUUCAACUGUGAGAGACGGAAUAAAAAAAAAUCCAGAAAAUCACAUUUGUAUGAUUUUUAAGUAAUUCAUUUGGAUUUUAUUGCAUGACAUAAGUACAGUGGGGGAAAAAAGUAUUUAGUCAGCCACCAAUUGUGCAAGUUCUCCCACUUAAAAAGAUGAGAGAGGCCUGUAAUUCUCAUCAUAGGUACACGUCAACUAUGGCAGACAAAAUGAGAAUUUAUUUUCUCCAGAAAAUCACAUUGGGCCAAAAUACCAGCAACAGUGUGUGAAAACCUUGUGAAGACUUACAGAAAACGUUUGACCUGUGUCAUUGCCAACAAAGGGUAUAUAACAAAGUAUUGAGAAACUUUUGUUAUUGACCAAAUACUUAUUUUCCACCAUAAUUUGCUAAUAAAUUCAUUAAAAAUCCUACAAUGUGAUUUUCUGGAAAAAAAAUUCUCAUUUUGUCUGCCAUAGUUGACGUGUACCUAUGAUGAAAAUUACAGGCCUCUCUCAUCUUUUUAAGUGGGAGAACUUGCACAAUUGGUGGCUGACUAAAUAAUUUUUUCCUCCGCUGUAUAUGAUACAUCAGAAAAGCAGAACUAAAUAUUUGGUACAGAAUCCUUUGUUUGCAAUUACAGAGAUUAUACGUUUCCUGUAGGUCUUGACCAGGUUUGCACAAACUGCAACAGGGAUUUUGGCCCACUCCUCCAUACAGACCUUCUCCCGAUCCUUCAGGUUUCGGGGCUGUCGCUGGGCAAUAAGGACUUUCAGCUCCCUCCAAAGAUUUUCUAUUGGGUUCAGGUCUGGAGACUGGCUAGGCCACUCCAGGACCUUGAGAUGCUUCUUACGGAGCCACUCCUUAGUUGCCCUGGCUGUGUGUUUCGGGUUGUUGUCAUGCUGGAAGACCCAGCCACGACCCAUCUUCAAUGCUCUUACUGAGGGAAGGAGGUUGUUGGCCAAGAUCUCGCGAUACAUGGCCCCAUCCAUCCUCCCCUCAAUACGGUGCAGUCGUCCUGUCCUCUUUGCAGAAAAGCAUCCCCAAAGAAUGAUGUUUCCACCUCCAUGCUUCACGGUUGGGAUGGUGUUCUUGGGGUUGUACUCAUCCUUCUUCUUCCUCCAAACACGGCGAGUGGAGUUUAGACCAAAAAGCUAUAUUUUUGUCUCAUCAGACCACAUGACCUUCUCCCAUUCCUCCUCUGGAUCAUCCAGAUGGUCAUUGGCAAACUUCAGACGGGCCUGGACAUGCGCUGGCUUGAGCAGGGGGACCUUGCGUGCGCUGCAGGAUUUUAAUCCAUGAAGGCGUAGUGUGUUACUAAUGGUUUUCUUUGAGACUGUGGUCCCAGCUCUCUUCAGGUCAUUGACCAGGUCCUGCCGUGUAGUUCUGGGCUGAUCCCUCACCUUCCUCAUGAUCAUUGAUGCCCCACGAGGUGAGAUCUUGCUUGGAGCCCCAGACCGAGGGUGAUUGACCGUCAUCUUGAACUUCUUCCAUUUUCUAAUAAUUGCGCCAACAGUUGUUGCCCUCUCACCAAGCUGCUUGCCUAUUGUCCUGUAGCCCAUCCCAGCCUUGUUGUGAGUUGUUAGAUACUACUGCUCUGUUGGAGCUAGGGAAGGGAACGGGGGAUACCAAGUCAGUUGUACAACUAAAUGCAUUCAACUAAAAUGUCUUCUGCAUUUAACCCAACCCCUCUGAAUCAGCGAGGUGUGGAGGGCUGCCUUAAUCAGAAACACAAGCAUUUCGCUACAUCCACAAUAACAUCAGCUAAAUAUGUGUAUGCGACCAAUAAAAUUUGAUUUGAUCAACAACUAACUUGACAGAGCUUGAGGAGUUUAAAAAAGAAUGUGCAAAUAUUGUACAGUUCAGGUGUACAAAGCUCUUAGAGAAUUUACCCAGAAAAACUCAAGGUGAUUCUAACAUGUAUUGACUCGGUUUAAUUCUUAUCUAAUGAAGAUAUAUUAGUUAUUAUUUUUCAUUAAUCUUUAAAUAAUGUUUUUUGUAGAUCAUUAAAAAAAGACAACUAAAUCCAGUAUAAUCCCAAUUUGUUACACAACAAAAUGUGGAAAAAGUCGAGGGGUGUGUAUACUUUCUGAAGGCACCGUAUAUGCCAUUUUAGCAGAUGCUUCUAUCCAAAGCGACUUAGUCAUGCGUGGAUACAUUUUAUUCGUAUGGGUGACCCCAGCGGGAAUGGAACCCAUGACUGCGCCACAUAGAACACUGACUCUGGCUCUCAUGGAAAUCAUAGUACCUCCUUCGAAAUUGGUUGAUAAGUUACAGUAAAGAGAUGGUGGUAUUGUAUUAUUGUAAAAAAAAGGUUCAGAGAUACUGUAGAAUGACAGUUGACCUGUUUUUUUUGUUUGUUUCCCCAGCUCCUACAGCAGCUGAAGCGUCUCAUCUGUGACCUGUGUCGGCUGUACAACCUGCCCCAGCACCCAGAUGUUGAGAUGCUAGAUCAGCCACUCCCUGCUGGGCCCAUCAACCCAGAGCGCAAGGUAGGGCUCAUUCUAACACACACACAUUUAUAUAUGGUGGACCCCACAGUUUAAAAUCAGUAAAUAUUCAGUUGGUUUGAAUAACAUUUUUAGAUGCGAAUAAGGUUAUCUAGAAAUAUGUAUUAGAUUUAAAUCUAAAUAUAGUGAUUCACGGAUGGGGACAGCCCUAACGCUGGGCCUAUGUAACAUUCCAUACCCCAUUGAUACAAUCAGAAAGGCAUAAAACAAAAUAAAACAAUGAAUCCACUCUCCCUUAUAGCAUGGACCAGCGGAUGAAGUGACAUCCGAGGAGGAGGAGGAAGAAGAAAUGGGCGAGGUGUGUGCGUCUACGUUUACCUUCCUAUGUACUAGGGUUGGCCGAUUUUACGAUUGCAUCAUCUAUCGUCGAUGGUGACGACAUCGUGAUGUCACAAACAUGGUUUAGCAUAUUUGAAUUUGACUGCUCCUCCGGUGUCUCGCAGCACAAUAGCACAGCGCAGUUCUGCACACAGCAGGGUGACGUGCCAAAUGGCCUAUUUGCCAUAGCCUACAUUUUCAAUACAUACACUGCCUUCAGAAAGUGUUCAUAAGCCUUGACUUAUUCCACAUUUUGUUGUUACAGCCUGAAUUCUAAAUGAAUACAAUCAAAAUAUUUCUGACCCAUCUACACACUACCCCAUAAGAGUGUUUUUAGACAUUUUUGCAAAUUUAUUGAAAAUGAAAUACAGAAAUAUCUCAUUUACGUAAGUAUUCACACCCCUGAAUCAAUACUUUGUAGGAGCACCAUUGGCAGCGAUUACAGCUGUGAGUCUUUCUGGGUAAAUUCUCUAAGCGCUUUGCACACAUGGAUUGUAUAAUAUUUGCACAUUAUUCUUUAAAUAAUUAUUCUAGCUCUGUCAAGUUGGUUGUUGAUCAUUGCUAGACAGCCAUUUUCAAGUCUUGCCGUACAUUUAAGCCGAUUGUCCUGCUAAAAAGGUGAUUUUGUCUCCCGUUGUCUGUUGGAAAGCAGACUGAACCAGGUUUUCCUCUAGGAUUGUGCCUGUGAUUAGCUCUAUUCUGUUUCUUUUUAUCCUAAGAACUCCCUAGUCCUUGCCAAUAGCAAGCAUACACAUAACAUGAUGCAGCCACCACCAUGCUUGAAAAUAUGAAGUGGUACUCAGUGAUGUGUUGUGUUGGAUUUGCCCCAAACAUAAUGCUUUGUAUUCAGGACAUAAAGUUAAUUUCUUUGCCACAUUAUUUUUGCAGUUUUACUUUAGUGCCUUAUUGCAAACAGGAUGCAUGCUUUGGAAUAUUUUUAUUCUGUACAGGCUUCCUUCUUUUCACUCUGUCAAUUAGGUUUGUAUUGUGGAGUACCUACAAUGUUGUUGAUCCAUCCUCAGUUUUCUCCUAUCACAGCCAUUAAACUCUUAAAUGUUUUAAAAUCACCAUUGGCCUCAUGAUGAAAUCCCUGAGCGGUUUCCUUCCUCUCCGGCAACUGAGUUAGGAAGGACGCCUAUAUCUGAUUUUGUAGUGACUGGGUGUAUUGAUACACCAUCCAAAGUGUAAUUAAUAACUUAACCAUGCUCAAAUGGAUAUUCAGUGUCUGCUUUUUUUUUUUCUUUUUACCCAUGUGUCGAAUGUAGAGAUGAGGUAGUCAUUCAGAAAUCAUGUUAAGAUCUAUUAUUGCACACAGUUAUCCCAUGCAAUUUAUGUGACUUGUUAAGCGUAUUUUUACCCCUGAGCUUAUUUAAGCUUGCCAUAACAAAGGGGUUGAAUACUUAUUGACUCAGCUUUUUAUUUGUAUUUAAGUUCUAAAAAUGUUAAAAACAUAAUUCCACUUUGACAUUAUGGGGUAUUGUGUGUAGGCCAGUGACACAAUCUCAAUUUAAUGAAUUUCAUAUUCUGGCUGUAACACAACAAAAUGUGGAAAAGUCAAGGGAUGUGAAUACUUUCUGAAUGCACUGUAUAUGGUAGACUUUUAAUAACAUAAUGCAAGAGAACAAUAUAGAUUGUAGAAAGAGCGGAGAGCACCAAAAUAAGUGAAAAAGGUCCGAUUUUCCUUCUUCUCUCCAACGUCUGAUGAUCACAGACCUUUUGCAGCGGACUCUCCGCGUUCUGGCUUACUGUUUUAAAUUCUUCAUUUCCCUUUUUCUCCCUAAUCCUCAUUCGAUUUGAAUGUGACUUGUUGGCCUAGACAUAUCCUACUCUUUCAUAAUCAACCAUCGAAUGAAUCUAUGGGCCUAACGAAGUUCCGUCUCAGAAAGUUGUUUGCGAAUAGCCUAAAUAAAAACAUAGUAUAGUAAUAAUGGGAGAGAACAAACGGUUCCAAGACGGACUAAUCAAAUAGGAAGUUUAAACAAACUUGGUACGUUUUUGCUUUACGUGACCAAAGUGCAGGCAAAAUAAAUUGUGCCGUCGGAAAAUCCCUCCUUGCAAACCAAACAGCCAAUAAUAUAAAUAUAAAUAUAUAUAUAUAUAUAUAUAUAUAUAUAUAUAUAUAUAUAUAUAUAUAUAUAUAUAUAUAUAUAUAUAUAAAUAAAAUAUAAUAGGAAGUUUAAAAAUAUAUAUAUAUAUAUAUAUACAAUGCACAUAGGCUAUUGUCAAAAGUUGCAGUAAAUGUUACUUUGACAAGUUAAACUUAUAAACUAAUAUAAAAAAUAUUGUCUAAAUGUUUAUUAAUGUCCUUGAAUUGCGCAACCCGCAGCAGCAUGUUCAAUAAGCCGAGCUAUAAAUAAAUAAGUGAUGAGUCGGUAUCGGAGUUGUCUCAAACAACUUUAUUUUGAAUAGCUGUGUAUUUAUAUAAAACUCAACAACGAUCUGAUAAAACAAAAUAUUUAUCCUAUAGCAUUCUUUAUAACACUUUAAUUAACAUUGGCUUGUGCUAAAAAUGAAAGGCCUAUUGGGAUAUGCCUUUUGCCUAUCGAACUGUACAAAUCCUAAAUAUAGGCCUACAAGUUACAAAACAAAGUAGCCCAAACUAAAUAAGUAUGAAAAUAAUAUAAAUUAGUGCAAAAAACAAACAUGUCUUAAGGUUUGACAGAAUAUUUUUAGCAUAUCCUAUAGGCUUUUUCUUUCAUUUACAUUUUAGUCAUUUAGCAGACGCUCUUAUCCAGAGCGACUUACAUUUAGUGAGUGCAGGCAUAUUAUUAUUUUUUUUUUUUCAUACUUUCGAAUAAGAUGUAUCUGUAUUUGCAAUUAGGAACCAUUUAGGUCUAGUGCUUUUUUUUUUUGUACCAUGUCUUAAGCCUACCUAAAGGUUUCUGGCAAGGAACACCAGCAUGUUCACCUUUUUUGCCCCAGAGUAGCAAACUCUGCAGGAUGAUGGCCUUGUAAAUGUUGACGGAGGUUUGUAGUCUGUCCAUCCUGAUGAUCUGUUUUCCGUAUCCUGCAAGUGACUUGGGUCAAGGUCUGCUGGCUCACCUUCAUCAUUCGGCCUGAAACCGAAGAACUGCCUAACAGGCGAAGACGUGCUUUUCUUUCCCACCAAGUCAGCCAUGUUUGUUUUCCCCUGAUUUUUUAUUUAUUUUCACAAUCUGAAACUGUCGGAAAGUCGCCUAAUGGAAGAAUGUCACAAAUGCGCUUAUCCAGAUGAUCAUGAUAAAAUAACAAUAGCCUACACUUGUUAUUGUUAUUAUAUAUUAUAUACACUUGAUAUUGCUAUAAUAUUCGUUUUUCAAGGUAGGCUAAUAUAACUGUUAUCUAAGUGUUUUUCAUGGACAAGAGAAACAUAGCCCUACCAAUUUGUAAAUCAUUCUGUAGCCUAGAUUAGACCAAAUAAUAACUAGGUCUAAACACUGUUUAGGCAAUGUGUCCUUUUAAUAUUGUGUUCGACAAUUGACCCCUGUCGUCUAUUCCCGUCAUGUUUUUAUUGGAAGAUCUGUCAUUUAAGACAUCACCCUACUAUGUACAACGAUAAUAUCAACAUUCAUCUUAAACUUCUUGUGUGUGUGCUGUAUGUAACCUCUUGUGUUUUCUAUAAUAUAUUAAUAUAUAAUAUAUGCAUUAAAACGGUAUAUUGUGUUCAGCAGGACAUUGAAGACCUGGACCACUAUGAGAUGAAAGAGGAGGAGCCAGUGGAUGGGAAGAAGUCUGAGGACGAUGGCAUAGAGAAGGUAAUUAACGUGUAUACACCUCUCGCUCUCUCCCUCUCUCUCGCUCUCUCUCCUGAGUGUACAAAACAUUAAGAACACCUGCUCUUUCCGUGACAUAGACUGACCAGGUGAAAGGUAUGAUCCCUUAUUGAUGUCACUUGUUAAAUCCACAGAAGUGUAGAUGAAGGGGAGGAGACAGGUGAAAGAAGGAUUUUUAAGCCUUGAGACAUGGAGUGUGUGUCUGCCAUUCAGAGGGUGAAUGGGCAAGACAAAAGAUUGAAGUGUCUUUGAACGGGGUAUGGUAAUAGGUGCCAGGCGCACCUGUUUGUGUCAAGAACUGCAACGCUGCUGGGUUUUUCACGUUCAACAGUUUCCCGUGUGUAUCAAGAAUGGUCCACCACCCAAAGGACAUCUAGCCAACUUGACCCAACUGUGGGAAGCGUUGGAGUCAACAUGGGCCAGCAUCCCUGUGGAAUGCUUUUCGACACUUUGGGCAAAAAGGGGUUGGGGGUUGCAACUCAAUAUUAGGAAGGUGUUCCUAAUGUUUGGAAUGCUCAGUGUAUAUACUUGACUUUUAUUUUUACCAUCUUCCCUAGCCUGGUUGUUUCUGUUCAGCUAUUACAUUCCACUCCUUGUACUCCGUGUAAUUUACCAAAAAGGCCAAUAGGGUCUGGCUCCAGCAGAUGCUUUCUCAGGACACAGACGCUGUGAGACAUACGAGCUCAGACAAGACUGGACUGGCUAGCUAGUGUUGGCAGAACUGAGCAAUUUAUCCUUAGCUAUAUUGUAAAACUUAAUGAAAAUGAACAUUACUUUUUGGUUAAGCUUAGGCAUUAGGGAUAGCAGUGGGGUUAGUGUUAGAAUCAGAUUUGAUGACUUUGCCAGCUAAUGAGAGAUCGUUAGACCGACACAUUCCUCUCUCGCUAGAUGCGCAAUUAAAGGGGAAAUACACUCAAAUCUAAAUGUGUUUUUCCCCCCCAGAUCUUAAAAAUGGUCUUCUGAUGUGAUUUACAUGGACUCAGAACAUCCAUUUUUGUUGUUUCUCUAUAAAUAAUUGUAAUAUUGAGAGUAAAAAAAGAAACGAGAAAUCCCAAACCAGGAAAAGUAAAACAGAAUUCAGGAAAUACAAAAUAUAAUUUUAUGGGGCCCCGUUAGUUAAUAAUAAUAAUAAUAAUAAUAUGCCAUUUAGCAGACGCUUUUAUCCAAAGCGACUUAGUCAUGCGUGCAUACAUUUUUUGUGUAUGGGUGGUCCCGGGGAUCGAACCCACUACCUUGGCGUUACUAGCGCCGUGCUCUACCAGCUGAGCUACAGAGGACCCAAUUGUUUAUUAAGCAUUAUUUGACCAGGUAUAUUUACAGAACACACAUCUCUUUUACACCAAGAAACCAGUGAAGAGUUGCAGGGUAGAGGAGAAGAAUGUGCUUAUUUGAAAGCUAUAAAAAAAUAAAAAUAAAUUAAGUAGUUGAUUUCGUCCGGUCCAGACGAAACCAGUCUGUCAAAAGUUGCUAGCUCAUGUCUAAAUCCGCUAGCUAAAUACUGCAAUUGACCCUUUGCUAUCCUGCGCCCCUCCCCCCCCCCUCCCCUUGGUUACUGUUGCAACCUCGGACAACAUUUUCCUGGGAAGUCCAGUUUCCCAUUCAACCACUGGCAAAGUCCCCUCACAAUGAUCUCACUGUUUUUAAUACAUAAUGAAAAUAAACACUGACUACCCCUUGCUAAUCAGGAAACUCUUUGGUAUGUUGCGGUGGACUGUCGUUACAAUUGCUUCAUGGGAACCUGGAUAAAUUAAGUUUGUAGUGUAGCUAGCCACUGGAUGGCUCUGAAUCCACUAUCUCUAUCUCUCUACCUCUAUCUCUACCUCUAUCUAUAUCUCUCUACCUCUCUCUACCUCUAUCUAUCUCUAUCUACCUCUAUCUACCUCUACCUCUCUCUCUACCUCUAUCUCUGUCUAUCUCUGUCCGUCUCUCUCUCUCUCUCUCUCUCUCUCUCUCUCUCUCUCUCUCUCUCUCUCUCUCUCUCUCUCUCUCUCUACCUCUAUAUCUGAAUCCACUGUCAGCAUGCAGUUAAAGCUAUAUCCACUUUUGGAGCUAACUAGUGCGCUCAUCGUAUCCUGAUGUUGACAGCAGAUGGGAGUUGUAUUCAUAACAUUGCUAACUUAGCUAGCUAACGUACAAGUUAUAUUAAGUGGCUAGCUAGCAUUAGCAACGUUUGGUGGUCAAUGAGACUGAGAGCUAGCUAACCAGCUGAGCUAGCAAACAAUGUAACAAAAGUGUAAUCUCGUAUUCGAAAAAUACUCCCAACAGGCUCUGCAUUUUAGGAAUCACAGUAGCAAGUACUCCUGGUGCACUGUUUAAUUAUUUAGCUAUUUAUACAUUAUUUUUGUUGUUGAAGAAAACUCUUUUUGUUUUUGACUUUGUUCUAAUUCUAUUUUCGAGGCUCCACAUGAUGUCAUGGAAAAUAUUAAUGUUAUUUCCAACAACCAAUAACCAACUCAGCCAUAAAUCCAGCUGCGUAUUGAAUGUUGAGAUUGACGAAAGGCCUGUCUCUCUUUUGCAAAUGACAUGGAGUGGAGUGUUAGACUGGUACCCAGACUACAUCUUCCCUGCACGUUUUCUUUUUUUAAUGCUUCUUUAAAAAAAAUCAGAAUACCUUAUAUACUUUUAUUCGCUAAAGUAAUUCAUAGGAGAAAUGUGCAAAGUAAGCAUUUCAUUAUGCUGUGUACACUUUUACUAUUGUUUUACUAUCUUUAAUUUAUCUAUUUGUAAAAAAUUAUUCAAUUAUUAUUUAAUGAAACACUUCCUACUGCAUGUUUUUUCAUGUGAAGGAGAACCUGGCCAUCCUAGAGAAGAUCCGUAAGAACCAGAGGCAGGACCACUUGAACGUAAGUGCUCAUUCGGUAAGGUUUCUUUCUUAUUUUUCAGGGGGGUAACGGGAACAUUUCUGCAGUUUUUUUUAUAGUCUCUACGUCUGUUUUUCUCAACCUAGUCCUUAGGGGACCACCAGCCAUAUUUAAUCAAUUCCAAAACUAGCUCACCUGAUUCAACAAGUUAACCAAUCAUAAAGCCCAUGAUUGGCUAAAUCAGGUGUGCGAGUGUUGGAAUAGAUAAAAUAUGUGGAAGUACGUGUGGUCCUGGAGGACUGGAUUGAGAAACAGUGCUCUGUUAGCCUGGUUCUGAUCCCUGUGGUGUUACGAUGCCUGUUUUCAGGGUGCCGUCUCUGGUUCCGUUCAGGCCUCUGAUCGUCUCAUGAAAGAACUCAGGGAGAUCUACAGAUCACAGAGUUACAAGACAGGUCAGUCCUGGCCUGGCUCAGCUUAGGGCUGGGCGAUAUAUCAAAUUAAUUCAAAUUAAUGUUUUUGUACGAUUUUACCUCUCACGCCAACAAAGUUGAGAGAUCACAUCUUCCUCUCUGACAAACGGUUUCAACUCGCUAUUUGCAUUUGAGGUUUGGUCCAACAGAAUAGGUCAUAUGGACACCAAAACACAUUGAGACAUUAUUUUACUGUAAUAGAGGAGAAGUUAACUUUUCUAACAAUACCAUUUUUAUGUCUCAACUACUCCAUUUGCGCACAUAGUAGACAUUAAUAAAAAAACAAAAGCGUAUCAAUGAACGAUAUGAUGAUAUUAAUGAACAUUGAUUCUAGAAAAUGAAUGCUCAGUUUGUAACGCGCGGCAUUGGGGUACCACGUAGCGCUAGCAGCAUUUUAGCCAAAGACUGUUAUACUAGAUCUAGUCUGUGUUUUUAUAAAUGUGCAAUAAGUAUGGUUCUAGUUAAAUUUGUAACAAAAAAAGGGCAUUUUCAUAGACUUGAAAGCCAGGUCAGUGAAUAUUGCAACAAAAAAAAGCAGGUUAAACUAUUUUGAUAAAAUAAAUAGAUUAUUAGUGGGUCCUAUGGUUGUGGAAGUCUUAUGUUUAGCCUGGGUAUAACUUCACAAGCCCUGAAUUCAUUAGAUUAUUGCUAACUGUUUGAAAUGUAGUGUAUUUGACCUUUAAUUGUCCAACAACGCUUAUUGUGAGAACCCAAAAAAAAAAAAUAUAUAUAUAUAUACAUUCGUGAAAAAGUAAGUAACACCCCCUGGAAAGUGGCUUUUUUAUUUUUUUUGACGUAUUUGGACACAUGGAUAUUUCCACCACAUUCAUUGAUAAAGGUAACCCAAUUUUAACAAAUCACACACAAAAAAUUAAACUUAGAAAAUGUUAUGCAAUUAAAAUAAACAGAAAUGCCUUUUCCUUAUGUACACAGCUACCUUUACCAUCAUAUAACAUGGGAAAAAUUAGAAUCAGGUGCACCAAAACAGGUGCAAAUGAUUAGAAAAUCAUUAGAGAAACUUAGGAGGGUCCAGCCUUCCAUAAAGAUUAGAAACUUGGUCUGGUUUGGUCUUAACCAUAUUGAUGUGUGGUAACACAUCGUGCCAAGAUCAAAAUAUCUACCCGAGGCCCUCAGAAGAAAGAUUAUUGAUGCCCAUGAGUCUGGGAGAGGUUACAAAUCUAUUUCCAAGCAAUUCGAAGUACAUCAUUCCAUUGUCCAACGGCACAUCUACAAAUGGAAAAAAUUCCAGACCACUGGCAAUCUACCUAGGACAGGUCAUCGCACCAAAUUCAGUCCGAGAGCUGACUGAAAGAUGCUCAUAGAAGUGUCUAAAAACCCCGGGGUAACAUCAAGGGAUCUACAGGCCUUUCUUGCCAUAAUCAAUGUCGAAGUGCAUGAGUCAACUGUCAGAAAGGGACUGCACAAACUUGGCCUGGUCAGGAAGGAAGAAGCCUCUGCUCUCAAAAAAGAAUAUCAAGACACGACUGACGUUUGCCAGACAACACCUGGGAAAAUACCAAAUUUACUGAAACAAUGUGCUCUGGACAGAUGAGUCAAAGGUGGAGUUGUUUGGCCUCAAUGUCAGACGCCAUGUUUGGCAAAAAGGAAAAACACUGCCUUUGAACAGAAGAACCUCAUACCAAUUGUAAAGCAUGGAGGUGGUGGCAUUGUGGUCCUCUGUAGCUCAGUUGGUAGAGCAUGGCGCUUGUAACGCCAGGGUAGUGGGUUCGAUCCCCGGGACCACCCAUACAUAAAAAUGUAUGCACACAUGACUGUAAGUCGCUUUGGAUAAAAGCGUCUGCUAAAUGGCAUAUUUAUAUUUAUUAUGGUUUGGGGUUGCCUCAGGGCCUGGCCAACUUGCCAUCAUUGAGUCAACCAUGAAUUCUAUGUUGUACCAAAUCAAAUUUUAUUUGCCACAUGCGCCGAAUACAACAGGUGUAGACAUUACCGUGAAAUGCUUACUUACAGCCCUUAACCAACAAUGCAUUUAUUUCUUAAUAAAAAAGUAAAAUAAAACAACAACAAAAAAGUGAUGAGAAAAAAAGAGCAGAAGUCAAAUAAAAUAACAGUAGGGAGGCUAUAUACAGGGGGGUACCGGUGCAGAGUCAAUGUGCGGGGGCACCGGCUAGUUGAGGUAGUUGAGGUAAUAUGUACAUGUGGGUAGAGUUAAAGUGACUAUGCAUAAAUAAUUAACAGAGUAGCAGCAGCGUAAAAAGAUGGGGUGGGGGUGCAAAUAGUUUUGGACCUGGACUUGGCGCUCCGGUACCGCUUGCCGUGCGGUAGCAGAGAGAACAGUCUAUGACUAGGGUGGCUGGAAUCUUUGACAAUUUUGAGGGCCUUCCUCUGAUACCGCCUGGUAUAGAGGUCCUGGAUGGCAGGAAGCUUGGCCCCAGUGAUGUACUGGGCCGUACGCACUACCCUCUGUAGUGCCUUGCGGUCGGAGGCCGAGCAGUUGCCAUACCAGGCGGUGAUGCAACCAGUCAGGAUGCUAUCGAUGGUGCAGCUGUAGAACUUUUUGAGGAUCUGAGGACCCAUGCCAAAUCUUUUCAGUCUCCUGAGGGGGAAUAGGCUUUGUCGUGCCCUCUUCACGACUGUCUUGGUGUGUUUGGACCAUGAUAGUUAGUUGGUGAUGUGGACACCAAGGAACUUGAAACUCCCGACCCACUCCACUACAGCCCCGUCGAUCAUCUCCUUUGUCUUGCUCACGUUGAGGGAGAGGUUGUUGACUCUGACCUACCACUGUUGUGUCGUCAGCAAACUUAAUGAUGGUGUUGGAGUCGUGCUUGGCCAUGCAGUCGUGGGUGAACAGGGAGUACAGGAGGGGACUAAGCAUGCAUGACUGAGGGCCCCCGAUGUGUUGUUGCCUACCCUUACCACCUAGGGGCGGACCGUCAGGAAGUCCAGGAUCCAGUUGCAGAGGGAGGUGUUUAGUCCCAGGAUCUUAGCUUAGUGAUGAGCUUUGAGGGCACUAUGGUGUUGAACGCUGAGCUGUAGUCAAUGAAUAGCAUUCUCACGUAGGUGUUCCUCUUGUCCAGGUGGGAAAGGGCAGUGUGGAGUGCAAUAGAGAUAGCAUCAUCUGUGGAUCUGUUGGGGCAGUAUGCAAAUUGGAGUGGGUCUAGGGUUUCUGGGAUAAUAGUGUUGAUGUGAGCCAUGACCAGCCUUUCAAAGCACUUCAUGGCCACAGACGUCAGUGCUACGGGUCGGUAGUCAUUUAGGCAGGUUAUCUUAGUGUCCUUGGGCACGGGGACUAUGGUGGUCUGCUUGAAACAUGUUGGUAUUACAGACUCAGUCAGGGACAUGUUGAGAAUGUCGGUGAAGACACUUGCCAGUUGGUCAGCACAUGCUCGGAGUACACGUCCUGGUAAUCCGUCUGGCCCUGCGGCCUUGUGAAUGUUGACCUGCUUAAAAGUCUUACUCACAUUGGCUACGGAGAGCGUGAUCACAUAGUCAUCCGGAACAGCUGGUGCUCUCAUGCAUGCUUCAGUGUUGCUAGCCACGAAGCGAGCAUAGAAGUGGUUUAGCUCGUCUGGUAGGCUUUUGUCACUGGGCAGCUCGCUGCUGUGCUUCCCUUUGUAGUCUGUAAUAGUUUUCAAGCCCUGCCACAUCCGACGAGCGUCAGAGCCGGUGUAGUACAAUUUAAUCUUAGUCCUGUAUUGACUCUUUGCCUGUUUGAUGGUUCGUCGGAGGGCAUAGCGGGAUUUCUUAUAAGCGUUCGGGUUAGAGUCCCGCUCCUUGAAAGCGGCAGCUCUACCCUUUAGCUAAGUGCGGAUGUUGCCUGUAAUCCAUGGCUUCUGGUUGGGGUAUGUACGUACGGUCACUGUGGGGACGACGUCAUCGAUGCACUUAUUGAUGAAGCCAGUGACUGAUGUGGUGUACUCCUCAAUGCUAUCUGAAGAAUCCCGGAACAUGAUCCAGUCUGUGCUAGCAAAACAGUCCUGUAGCUUAGCAUCUGCAUCAUCUGACCACUUUUUUAUUAACCGAGUCACUGGUGCUUCCUGCUUUAGUUUUUGCUUAUAAGCAAGAAUCAGGAGGAUAGAGUUAUGGUCAGAUUUGCCAAAUGGAGGGCGAGGGAGAGCUUUGUAUUCGUCUCUGUGUGUGGAGUAAAGGUGGUCUAGAGUUUUUUUUCCCUCUGGUUGCACAUUUAACAUGCUGGUAGAAAUUAGGUAGAACGGAUUUAAGUUUCCCUGCAUUAAAGUCCCCGGCCACUAGGAACGCUGCCUCUGGAUGAGCGUUUUCCUGUUUAGUUUUGGCCUUAUACAGCUCAUUGAGUGCAAUCUUAAUGCCAGCAUUGGUUUGUGGUGGUAAAUAGACAGCAAUGAAAAAUAUAGAUGAAAACUAUCUUGGUAAAUACGAGGUGAGUAAUCGCUGUCCUGAUAUCCAGAAGCUCUUUUUGGUUAUAAGAGACGAUGGCAGAAACAUUAUGUACAGAAUAAAUUACAAAUAGCGCGAAAAAACAUACAUAAUAGUACAAUUGGUUAGAGGGCUGUAAAACGGCAGCCAUCUUCUUGAGGAGAAUGUGAGGCCAUCUGUCAAAAAGCUGAACCAAACAUGGAUCUUGCAACAGGACAAUGAUCCAAAACACAAAAGCAAAGCAACAGAAUGGCUCAAAAAGAAGAAAUGGAGGGUUAUGGAAUGGCCGAGUGAAAGCCCAGAUCUCAAUCCUAUCGAAAUUCUGUGGGGGGACUUGAAGCGGGGUGUGCAUGCAAGAAAGCCCUCAAACAUGACACAGUUGAAGCAGUACUGUAAAGAAGACUGGGCAAAAAUGUAUCCCAGUUGAUGUAAGAGACUGAUAGACAGUUACAAGAAACAUCUACAUGAAGUUAUUUCAGCCAAAGGGGGCAGCGCAAGCUAUUGAAGCUAGGGGUGUACUUAUUUUUCCCGCACUAUGGAAUUGCAAUUGAUUUUUUUUUAAAUGAAUAAAUGAUUGCAAAGUAUAACCUUUCAGUGUCAUUUGUUAAAUUAGGUUACCUUUAUCUGUCAAUAGUGUUGAAGUGAAGAUUACAUCCAAAUAUGUAUACAUAAAUAAUAAAUAAAGACUCCUUUCCAGGGGGAAAGUUACUUACUUUUUCACGUCUGUAUAUACAGUUGAAGUCGGAAGUUUACAUACACUUAGGUUGGAGUCAUUAGAACUCGUUUUUCAACCACUCCACACAUGUCUUGUUAACGAACUAUAGUUUUGGCAAGUCGGUUAGGACAUCUACUUUGUGCAUGAUACAAGUAAUUUUUACAUUUUUACAGCAAUUGUUUACAGACAGAUUAUUUCACUUAUAAUUCACUGUAUCACAAUUCCAGGUGGUCAGAAGUUUACAUACACUAAGUUGACUGUGCCUUUUUAAACAGCUUGGAAAAUUCCAGAAAAUGAUGUCAUGACUUUAGAAGCUUCUGAUAGUCUAAUUGACAUAAUUUGAGUCAAUUGGAGGUGUACCUGUUGAUGUAUUUAAAGGCCUACCUUCAAACUCAGUGCCUCUUUGCUUGACUUCAUGGGAAAAUCAAAAGAAAUCAGCCAAGCCCUCAGAAAAAAGUCUGGUUCAUCAUUGGGAGCAAUUUCCAAACGCCUGAAGGUACUACGUUCAUCUGUACAAACAAUAGUACGCAAGUAUAAACACCAUGGGACCACGCAGCCGUCAUACCGCUCAGGAAGGAGACACGUUCUGUACUUUUUGGAGAAAUGUCCUUUGGUCUGCUUAAACAAAAAUUGAACUGUUUGGCCAUAAUGACAAUCGUUAUGUUUGGAGGAAAAAUGGGGAGGCUUGCAAGCCGAAGAACACCAUCCCAACCGUGAAGCACGGUGGUGGCAGCAUCAUGCUGUGGGGGUGCUUUGCUGCAGGAGGGAUUGGUGCACUUCACAAAAUAGAUGGCAUCAUGAGGAAGGAAAAUGAUGUGGAUAUAUUGAAGCAACAUCUCAAGACAUCAGUCAGGAAGUUAAAGCUUGGUCGCAAAUGGGUCUUCCAAAUGGACAAUGACCCCAAGCAUACUUCCAAAGUUGUGGCAAAAUGGCUUAAGGACAACAAAGUCAAGGUAUUGGAGUGGCCAUCACAAAGCCCUGACCUCAAUCCUAUAGAACAUUUGUGGGCAGAACUGAAAAGGCGUGUGCGAGCAAGGAGGCCUACAAAUCUGACUCAGUUACACCAGCUCUGCCAGGAGGAAAGGGCCAAAAUUCACCCAACUUAUUGUGGGAAGCUUGUGGAAGGCUACCCAAAACGUUUGACCCAAGCUAAACAAUUUAAAGGCAAUGCUACCAAAUGUUAAUUGAGUGUAUGUAAACUUCUGACCCACUGGGAAUGUGAUGAAAGAAAUAAAAGCUGAAAUAAAUCAUUCUUUCUACUAUUAUUCUGACAUUUCACAUUCUUAAUAUAAAGUGGUGAUCCUAACUGACCUAAGACAGGGAUUUUUUAAUAGAAUUAAAUGUCAGGAAUUGUGAAAAACGGAGUUUAAAUGUAUUUGUCUAAGGUGUAUGUAAACUUCCGACUUCAACUGUAUGGCCUCCAGAGUGGUGCAGCGGUGUAAAGGCUGUAACCUGGAGUCCCAUAGGGCGGCACACAAUUGGCCCAGCGUCGUCCAGGUUAGGGGAGAGUUUGGCCGGGGGGGGGGGCUUUACUUGGCUCAUCGUGCUCUAGCAACUCCUUGUGGCGGGUGCAGGCCGACUUCGGUCGUCAGUUGAGCGGCGUUUCCUCUGAUACAUUGAUGCAGCUGGCUUCCGGGUUAAGCGAGCGGGUGUUAAGAAGCGCGGCUUGGCAGGUCAUGUUUCGGAGGACGCGUGACUCGACCUUCGCCCCUCCCGAGCCCGUUGGGGAGUUGCAGUGAUGAGACAAGAUCGUAAUCACGAAAAGGGGGGGAGGAAAUACAUUAAUUUAUGUAUCGUGAAUCGCCCAUAAAUUUGAAAAAGAAGGAGAUUAUUUUUAGGCCAUAUCACCCAGCCCUAGAUCCGAUCAGCUUGUUUUGUCACAGCUGCUCCCAAAUGGUUUCCUACCCCUCCCCAUUGGCUCUAACCCUUCAGUGUCUACCCCUCCCCAUUGGCUCUAACCCUUCAGUGUCUACCCCUCCCCAUUGGCUCUAACCCUUCAGUGCUUGUAGAUCUGGACUGAUAAUGGUAACGAUGAUACCAAUCAUGAAUAUGUUUAUUAACUCCCUAGAGUCGAUGUCCACGCCCCGUGAAAAAUGUAAUUGGCAUAGUAAAAGAAAUCAAAAUCUGUCUGUUUAACAGUGAUGUUCACCUGCAUAUCUUAUUCAUUUCCAGGUAUAUAUUCAGUGGAGCUAGUCAAUGACAGCCUUUAUGAAUGGCACGUCAAAAUAAGGACGUAAGUAUUCAGAUCCAGUUAUUAUUUAAUAGAGAUAGUAGUUUCCUAGUUGUCCAAGUCUGGAUAAUCUAGUCUAAUCAUUCUCUUUAUUUUACAGGGUAGACCCAGAUAGUCCGUUACAUAGUGACUUGCAGGUUCUGAAAGAAAAGGAAGGGGUGGACUACAUUCUGCUCAGUUUCUCAUAUAAAGUGAGUUUCAUUCGUUGAUCGAUUUUAUAAAUUCUAUGGAUUUUAUGGGCCGUGAAAGCGGUUUUGUGAUAAAGGUGUUUCUUGUUUGACUCUUGCAGGAUAACUUUCCUUUUGAUCCACCGUUCGUACGGGUAGUCUCCCCUGUGCUGUCUGGAGGGUGAGUGCUGCUCAGUGAAGUCUGGAUGGACUUAUCUCCUAUACUUCUGUUUCUACCCAAAUAGGAUAGUCUCUGUCAGUUCAUCAAUCCUAUUCAUUAUGUCAUUGGAGUGAUCGUUUCAUUAUGUCAUUGGAGUGAUCGUUUCAUUAUGUCAUUGGAGUGAUCGUUUCAUUAGGUCCUUGGAGCGAUCGUUUCAUUAGGUCCUUGGAGUGAUCGUUUCAUUAGGUCCUUGGAGUGAUCGUUUCAUUAGGUCCUUGGAGUGAUCGUUUCAUUAGGUCCUUGGAGUGAUCGUUUCAUUAGGUCCUUGGAGUGAUCGUUUCAUUAGGUCCUUGGAGUGAUCGUUUCAUUAGGUCCUUGGAGUGAUCGUUUCAUUAGGUCCUUGGAGUGAUCGUUUCAUUAGGUCCUUGGAGUGAUCGUUUCAUUAGGUCCUUGGAGUGAUCGUUUCAUUAGGUCCUUGGAGUGAUCGUUUCAUUAGGUCCUUGGAGUGAUCGUUUCAUUAGGUCCUUGGAGUGAUCGUUUCAUUAGGUCCUUGGAGUGAUCGUUCCAUUGUCAUUAUUGUUUCAUUAGGUCCUUGGAGUGAUCGUUUCAUUAGGUCCUUGGAGUGAUCGUUUCAUUAGGUCCUUGGAGUGAUCGUUUCAUUAGGUCCUUGGAGUGAUCGUUUCAUUAGGUCCUUGGAGUGAUCGUUUCAUUAGGUCCUUGGAGUGAUCGUUCCAUUGUCAUUAUCGUUUCAUUAGGUCAUUGGAGUGAUCGUUUCAUUAGGUAAUUGGAGUGAUCGUUUCAUUAGGUCCUUGGAGUGAUCGUUUCAUUAGGUCAUUGGAGUGAUCGUUUCAUUAGGUCCUUGGAGUGAUCGUUUCAUUAGGUCCUUGGAGUGGUCAUUAUCCAUCACUAAUGUAAAUCAUUCUGAACAACUGUUUUAACCAUUGAGACUAGUUUGAUGAUAAAAUGAACAUUACUGACUGUGGUAUGUGGUUGUCGUACAUAGCUACUUUAUGCUGAAUGCACUGGUACGCUGAGUGUCUGCUAAAUAACUAAAAUGAGAUGGGCCUAAUCCUUGUCUGGUACGUGGAGCGGUCCUGGUACUGAGCUGGUACUUAUCCUUUCUAUUUCAGUUACGUUCUUGGCGGAGGGGCCUUGUGCAUGGAACUUCUCACGAAACAGGUCUGGAUCUUAAUACCAUUCACACAAUGUUCUUCCCUAAUCCAAGUUGCUGAAGAAGUUGGCUCUUUCUCUUUGGUCAAUUGUUUUGAUAAAAAAAAUAAAAAAAAGUCUGUCAUCUCCUCUCCUUCAUUGCCCUCUUCUGACAGAAGUGACCAGGUGAAAGCCAGCCUAAUUGUGUAUUUCUUUGCGUUGUUCCAGGGCUGGAGCAGUGCCUAUUCCAUAGAGUCUGUGAUCAUGCAGAUCAACGCUACCCUAGUCAAAGGAAAAGCCAGGGUGCAGUUUGGAGCCAAUAAGGUAGGCUAAUGCUUAUACCCUGAUGAAGACAGCUUGUCUGUCCAAACGUUGGUUAUCAGGUUAUUAAAUGAUUGCAUCUGAGCUCCUAGAGUGAGUUUUUUUUAAGGCUAAUGCGUUAAACAUCCUGGUAUUGGUACCAGGUGGUAUGAGGUUGUUGAAGAUGAGUCUGAUCUGUGUUUUUUUCCUUUCAGAACCAGUACAAUCUUGCCAGAGCACAACAGUCAUACAAAUCCCUCGUGCAGAUUCACGAAAAGAAUGGUAAGUCCAACUAUCAAUCCACAUAAGCUUGAAUGCAACCUUGAAUGAUUUAAUAUUGAUAAUAUACACACCAGUGGUUGUUAUGGCAUCCUCCUGUGUUGUUAUUUCAGGCUGGUACACACCUCCCAAAGAGGAC